GAGCCACUCAACCAGCAGCUACAGAGCGCCACUCAACCCGCAGCUACAGAGCCAAUCACCAGCAGUUACAGGAGCCACUCAAGUAGCACCCACAGGAGUCACUCAACCAUCAGCUACAGGAGUCACUCAGCCAGCAGCUACAGGAGCCACUCAACCAUCAGCUUCAGGAGCCACUCAACCAUCAGCUACAGGAGUCACUCAACCAACAGCUACAAGAGCCACUCAACCAUCAGCUAAAGGAGUCACUCAACCAACAGCUACAGGAGCCACUCAACCAGCAGCUACAGGAGCCACUCAUCAACCAGCAGCUACAGGAGCCACUCAACCAGCAGCUACAGGAGCCACUCAACCAGCAGCUACAGGAGCCACUCAACCAGCAGCUACAGAAGCCACUCAACCAUCACUACAGGAGCCAAUCAACCAGCAGCUACAGGAGCCAAUCAACCAGCAGCUACAGAAGCCACUCAACCAUCAGCUACAGGAGCCAAUCAACCAGCAGCUACAGGAGCCACUCAACCAGCAGCUACAGGAGCCACUCAACCAUCAGCUAGAGGAGCCAAUCAACCAGCAGCUAGAGGAGCCACUCACCCAGCAGCUAGAGGAGCCACUCAACCAGCAGCUAGAGGAGCCACUCAACCAGCAGCUAGAGGAGCCACUCAACCAGCAGCUACAGGAGCCACUCAACCCAGCAGCUAGAGGAGCCACUCAACCAGCAGCUAGAGGAGCCACUCAACCAGCAGCUAGAGGACCACUCAACUACAGGAGCCACUCAACCAUCAGCUACAGGAGUCACUCAACCAACAGCUACAGGAGCCACUCAACCAGCAGCUACAGGAGCCACUCAACCAGCAGCUACAGGAGCCACUCAACCAGCAGCUACAGGAGUCACUCAACCAGUAGCUACAGGAGCCACUCAACCAGCAGCUACAGGAGCCACUCAACCAUCACAACAGGAGCCACUCAACCAGCAGCUACAGGAGCCACUCAACCAGCGCUACAGGAGCCACUCAACCAGCGCUACAGGAGCCACUCAACCAGCAGCUACAGGAGCCACUCAACCAGCAGCAACAGGAGCCACUCAACCAGCAGCAACAGGAGCCACUCAACCAGCAGCAACAGGAGCCACUCAACCAGCAGCAACAGGAGCCACUCAACCAGCAGCAACAGGAGCCACUCAACCAGCAGCUACAGGAGCCACUCAACCAGCAGCUACAGGAGCCACUCAACCAGCAGCUACAGGAGCCACUCAACCAGCAGCUACAGGAGCCACUCAACCAGCAGCUACAGGAGCCACUCAACCAGCAGCUACAGGAGCCACUCAACCAGCAGCUACAGAGACUCACAUCAAGCACUGCGUCAAGCACUGCGUCAAGCACUGCGUCAAGCACUGCGUCAAGCACUGCGUCAAGCACUGCGUCAAGCACUGCAUCAAGCACUACGUCAAGCACUGCAUCAAGCACUGCAUCAAGCACUGCGUCAAGCACUGCGUCAAGCACUGCGUCAAGCACUGCAUCAAGCACUGCGUCAAGCACUGCCUCAAGCACUGCAUCAAGCACUGCGUCAAGCACUGCGUCAAGCACUGCGUCAAGCACUGCGUCAAGCACUGCGUCAAGCACUGCAUCAAGCACUACGUCAAGCACUGCGUCAAGCACUGCGUCAAGCACUACGUCAAGCACUGCGUCAAGCACUGCAUCAAGCACUGCGUCAAGCACUGCGUCAAGCACUACGUCAAGCACUGCGUCAAGCACUGCGUCAAGCACUGCAUGAAGCACUGCGUCAAGCACUGCGUCAAGCACUGCGUCAAGCACUGCAUCAAGCACUACGUCAAGAACUGCGUCAAGCACUGCAUCAAGCACUGCGUCAAGCACUGCGUCAAGCACUGCCUUUCGUUGUG